AUGAAGUCGGGUGUCCAAGUCGACUCUUACAACAAGAUUGCAUUUGCAAUGGCAGCGGCAAAGCUUUGCUGUACUGCGCCUCUGCGAUCACAGUCACCCGAUGAUACACCUCCAAGGCCUGUCAGGCACUUCAAGUCUUUAGCCAACAUCAAGACACAUUUUGCUCAUAACAAGCAUGCCCCAGCUACUACAGAACAGACAGAGGGGAGCCACUCGCUCUACCCAGCAGACGAUCUUGAGCUUCGGCAUAUCUUUGUUGCUGCCUCCUUACCGGAGGACCACCCUCACGCUCUCAGGAUCGCCCAUCGCAAGCCUGAGGUCGAUGAAAGUAUUGUUCAUUCACCAAGCCUCACCAACAAGCUUCGCAGACAAUUGAGUCGCAAGACUCUAACAACGGACAAGCCUCACAAGGAGACAACAAUCAAGCCAUUCGCAUAUUCAAGAAAGAGGUUGGGACACGGCCGUCCAGACCUCGCUGGUGAUUAUGAUGAUGAUGCCCGGUCAUUGUGCUUAAACGAAUCUCGGCUUGCUUCUCUCAAGAACGACAGCUGUGUGACGAAGGAUACCAAAUCAGUAUCUCCUGAAUCUGUUUAUCACUAUGCCAUCGUAUCAGAUGAGCCACGCCGGUCAAUCAGUGUACCUCUGGCAUCCUAUCCGGCAGAUUCUGCAUCGCAGCCAAGACGUUCAAUUUCCGUUUCCAACAUGCAGCAGGAUUUCAAAGGUGCUCUCACCAUCCAUCUACCUGGUCCUACGUUCACGGAUGCGGACGACAUAUGGCCAUCAUCUCCCGCGGCUGCAAAAACAGACCCUACGCAAUCGUUCAAGACACCCAACUCUGCUGGUUCGCAAAUGCCAAACUCUCGACUGUCAUCUCAGGACUCCAGUCUACCACAGCUGGUAAGGGCCAAAUCAAGAAGCCCCGAUAAACACAAAAUGUUUCCAAAAGAUUCGGCGAACUCGCUGCACUUGUAUGACAUGCAAAUCUCGCAGCAUUUACGUACACGAUCGCAGGUUUCAGAAGCGUCAAGCGCAAAUGAGUCCGAUACGCAGAACCGCCAUACACACGCAAGUCUCAACAGCAUCGUGCUCUCCUCCAUAGAACUUGGACGCUGCAAGAGUAUCUCCAGCUCUGGCUUUGCAGGCUCGGCUGGACUAUCUACCUGGGAGAAGGUUCUUGAGGAUGAAUCCUCGUCUAUCUACAGUCGCAGACCAAGCUUGGUUCUAGAGAGCCCGCUCGAGGCGCCUGUGACCCAUUCGGCUGAUACCUCUGAGAAGACUAUUCAGGGAGACGCGAAGACUAACGACAUACCUGAACUCACCAACCAGGGCAAGGAGAGCACCAGUCGUCAAGCAGAAAGAGUCAUAUCAGCGUCUACUGGCAUCAGCUUCGUGGCAAGUGGUUCAGCUUCUCAUUGCGAUCUUAAAGAUUCUGCAUCUAUGAGCGGCUCUGUAUGCGUCAGCAGCUGGGUUGGUUGUAACACGACGUGUUCCCUUACAAAGAGCAACAGUUCGGGAAGCCUUGGGAAGCUUAGCAAAUUCAGAGAAGAUCUCAAUGAUUCCUCUACUGUUCCAAAGUCUGGAAAGAAGCGUCGCUCGGUCUUGCGCAUACUGUUUCCCAAACUCACACGGUCCAAGCUUCGAAGCACCAGCACGCCGUUGCUCGGUGGUAGGACCAAAUCUUCUCUCAAUCAGACCCCCGGCAGAAAAGCAACGGAAGAAACUCUGAUGGAAAGAGCACUGCUACAACAUCAGGCAGAGAAAGCAGCCCUUCUCCGUACAAGCAGCCAGAGGAACGAGGCCGUACCGUCCCCAACGUACGCACCUGUUUUCACAAGCUCUUUCGGCUUCCAAUCUACCAGCGAAACAAGAUUGGCAGCAGCAACGCUCGAGGAUGUAGACCCGUUAGAACCCGAAGAGCCGAUGACUGCUCGCGAAAGUCAGAGUAUGCAAGAUCUUGAGUCAUCCAAAGAUACUGCCGUUGAUGCUUCCUCAUUUCGCAAGAAGAAGCGCAGCACUAUCUGGACCACGAACACAAUCGAUACCAAAGCAGCCCGUAAUCGCCGGUCUUCUACGGCGACAGGUGGUAGACUAGAGCAUCCAGAGCUUGAAGUUUUGCCUCCAAUGCUACCGACACACCCAACCUCCUCACAGCACCUUGGAGUCAAGAACCAAUUUGCUCGUCUCGUGGAUCACAUUGGAGAAGAAAGCCAUCACAUCAGCGAGGAGGGGCUUGACCUCAUCAAUCGACAUCGCCAAGAGUCAACAUCAAGUGUAGACAAGUCUCCCGCUGGACACGUUCCACCCGUCUUUUUUAUGCAUGGCGGAUCUCAGAUUAUGCGUAAUCAGGAAGCAGGUGAUUUGGAAGCUAGAAAUGACUCCGAGGACAAGUCCGCUCUACCUGGGUCGGUGGACGGAAACAUCGAGGGCAGGCCUUCAGAGCCAGACCGAGCACUGAGUGCAAGAAGGUUGUCUCGCAUGUAUCAAGCUUAUGUGCAGCUUCCGGCAUCCUUGGAUAACACUGAAGUCGAGCAAAGCGGUGCUGCAGAUGACACCGGUCAUCUACCAGAUGGGCCUACCGCUGUUGGGCCGGCUGAGAUUGAUUCGAAGACGCCUACCACCGGAUUCCUGACCGUUCCAUCUGGCAAACAAUCAGUUUCCUCCAGUCCAGUCACUCGCCACUUCCCCUCGGUCACUGUAGUUGAUGACCGCAAGGGACAUUGGCGUAGUGUCAGUUUGUUGUCGGUGGAUUCUGGAAAGAGUGUUCGUAAGAGCACUAAGGAUCUGCUGGAGGUCGUCAGGGCAACCCAAACACAGGAGCUUGAAAAAUUGUUGGGCACAUCUGAGUUAUCGAUGAUGGAUGGGAGCACCCUCUGA